CUCCUCUUGACACUCUCCCGCCCUAGACUAGCGUCGCACCAGUAAAUAUAUGCGGCCUCCGAUGUCACCAUGGGUGUGCGGAGCUUGGCAUAGCUUGGCAAGCACAUAAGACAAACGCUGCAACGUCGUCGAACGAGCCGAGCAGCAAGUCCAAUGGAUACCGACAUCUUCUGCGCGCUAUGCGGAGGGCCUUUCGACCUGGAGCAUCAUGUCUACAAUAUAGACACGGAUAGAGAAGCCUUCCAGUGGCUCUAUGAUGUCCGGCUCCUAAGCCAGCACUCGACCCUUGGCAAUCUUAGAAUGACGACCGCGAACGAAGAGCAUACCAAUACUUCGGGCAGCGACGACAUAUUCCUCUCCGAGCAGACUCGAUGGGCUAUGAACGACGGCGACUGCUUUCGGCUGGGUAACUCCUAUUACCUUGCGGCAACGGAGGACCACUGGAGGGAUAUAAUAUUUCCAUUACACUACGCAUGCAUUCAGAUUGCAUGCCGAGUACUCCAAUCGCGUCAUGAUGUAUCAGAAGUUUGCAAGCCGGACGAGGACUCCAUCCUGGCCCGCCUGUAUUUCCGACUCCAGACCUGGUACCUCUAUCACAGGGGUGGCCAACGCAACUACAUCUUCGGCCUGCGAGGGACCCUCGAUGGGUAUGGACCCCGAAGUGUUCAGGGACUUGAUGAAUUGGGGUGGUGGAGUGGUGCUUACGAGAAAUACUUGACAGACCCGAUGAACAUACUGGAGUUGCCUUCUUUCGUUCUCGACAUACUCCAGGCAACGCCAGCUUCAAUAGCACAACAGCCGCCUUCCGUCCAACUCGUACGGGAGCCCGACGGACUAGAGAAUCUCCCCAACGAACUUCUAGAUAGGAUCAUGGAGUUCCUACCAUCCGCUUCAAUUGUAUCUUUGCAUCGAACAUCGAGAGCACUUUCCGUCAAGGUGCUACUUAACGAUCGCUUCUGGCGCAAAGCUCUUCUCGAUAGCAGCAUAGUACAUCACAUAUGGGAUCUCGACGAGGACAAGCUCAAGCAAUUAGCGCAAGGGGCGGAAGCGAUCUCCCCCGAUCAAGGGCGCUGGAAAAGCGUGGUCCGCCUUCUAAAACAGAAGGAUUUCCCCAUUUGUGGACAAGAUUCCCGCCUUGCCGAACUUCCAAAGGGACUCUGGAAUCGAUGUCGAAUCUGGAACAUCGUAGAGGAUGUUCUGACUACGUCAAAGGGAUGGCUGAAUGCGUGCCGAUUAGCCCGUUAGGUCACACUGCUGUCUUCCCACACCCCACCCGCAGUUUCAACCCUCUCAAUCCAUACCGUUAUGAGAACGGGUAUGGUAAGGCUACACGAAAGGUUUACAUACGCUUAUUCGGACUGAAUAGGCUUAGUUAUCGAAUUAGACUAUCCAUGCAUUCUUUCUUGCGUG